AUGGAAAACAUCCAAGUAGCAGUCCGCAUACGUCCUGAUCCUGAACCUUCCAUCUGGGCAAUUCAUGAUCAACAUAUAUUUCUUAACAAUUAAAUGAGAAAGCCACCCAAUGGGUAAGGUCGUACGACUUUUGCAUUUGAUCACUGCUUCAGCUAGGACAGCAAAAAUACUGAUAUCUAUUCGAAGGAGGUGAAAUCAUUAGUGCUUGGAUCUACCAAUGGUAUCAAUGGCACUAUUUUCCUCUAUGGUCAAACUGGUAGUGGCAAGACUUACACAAUGUUGGGUAAGGAAAAUGAUGAAGGCGUCUUAUUGUAGAGUUUUAAGGAUUUGUUUGCUAAAAUUGAGGCUGAUCUCAAUAAGACCUAUGUUUUACGUUGUUCAUAUUUUGAAAUAUACAAUGAACAAAUAUUUGAUCUCCUAAAACCAUCCUCCAAAUUAUAAGAAACCUUACAAGUCAACGAAGAUCAAAAGAAGGAAUUCUUCAGUGAAAGGACUCAUCGAAUAAUCAGUAUCAUCCAUCAAUGA